GCUCCCUCGCUCGCUGUCUCCUUGGAGGGGCAGAAAGAACAUGAGCAGGACAAGUGGAAACUCUCUCUUCUGGGUUUUCGCCUACCUCUGCCUGGGGACGUUGGUUUCUCCGACGGAUGCCAAAGGGACCUAUUACCACCACCCCGCCCCUGUCUCUUACAGUAACAGAUACAAUCUUUAUACCUCAGGAUCUAGCCCUCAGCUCAGCCCCGGCAAACCCAUGGGGAAGCACAAGAGCUACUGUGCGUAUGUGGUGCAGAGAAAUGUGACAUGCACCCUGCAGGAUGGGGUGGAGAGCUACGUGAAGGCAGAAUAUCACAAGUGCAGCUGGGGGCCCAAGUGCCCAGGGAAAGUCCUGUACCGCACCUUCUACAGACCCAAGUACAAGAUUGGCUACAAGACAGUGACUGAGCUGGCAUGGAGGUGCUGCCCAGGACUCAUGGGAGAAGGGUGCCAUGACAGCCCUACCGAUCAACCAGGUCUGCUGCCCCAGCGCCCCAGCCCUAAGAUUCCUCCUGGUCACAAGAUGUUUCCAGGUCCUAGAGUUCCUCCCCAUCCCCAAAUCCACCCUGAGCCGUUUCCAGGUCCAAAGAAGAACCACUAUGGCAGGAAGAUACCUGGGAUCUUUGGGGACAGGUUGGACCGGCUGGAAGAGGAGGUAAGGCGCCUCUCGCAGUCCUACGACAGCCUGCACAAUGUGGUGAGUGGGCUCGGGGACCACCUGCGUCUGGCCAUCCAGGAGGACACCAACAAGAUGAUCGGGUCUCUGAUGAACAGCCCAAGCGUGCCUGACUCAACGGUGGGCUUUGGGGUCAUUCCCGAUGGGAUUGUGGAUGUGGCUGACAAGGCGGACAUCACCACCUAUCCACCCGUGGGUGAGAUCCUGGCCAAGGUGAGUGAGGUGAGUGACGUGCUGAAGACCAAGACAGAUUUGCUCAAUGAGGUGCAUGGCCUGGUCCUGGACCAUGACGGGCAGAUCAAACACCUGCUGGAAUCAGCUAGGCCAUCACCCCUCACCUCCAUUGACAUGUUGGAGGAGUACGUGGACACCCGGCUGAGCAACCUGCGAGGAGAGCUGCUGGAUGGCUUUGAGAAGAAGCUGGUGAAAAUCCAGAGCACGUGCGACUUCAGGAUCAAGGAGGUGCAGCAGCAGUGCGAGGAGGAGAAAGCUGCCAACUUGCGGCUACAGCAGACCCUGGACGGCAAGGAACUGGAGAUCAAGAAGGAGAUCUCCCAGCUGGAGACCCAGAUCCAAGGGCUGACUGUGGUGGAGAGCUGCUGCGGCAACCUGAACUACCUCACCGAGCGCAUGGACAUCCUGGAGAAGGGCCUGCACAGCAUCUCUGAGUCCCAGAAGAACCUGCACUCACAGCUCAACGGUGAGUUCUCCACCAUCACCCUAGGGAGCCUCGUUGAAGGGCGCUUCGAGGACCUGGAGGCGAGGCUCAAUGCUACAGAGAGAGAGACUGGCAGUUGCUGCUCCAGCUUGGAGGACAGCAUGAUGGGUCUGGUGAGGUCAGAGUUGGAUGGUGUGAGGACCUCAUCUGAGGACAAAAUGAGGACCUUGGAGGACAGGUUCAUGACCAUUGUGGGGGAGCUAAGCAAUGUCACUGCCCCAGCGGGCCUGGAUGGAGCCGUGAUGCCCUUGCUGGAGGGAGAGCUUGCCAACAUGAGGAAGCAGACAGAUGAGAGACUGGAGGUGCUGCAGAGCCGGCUCACCGACCUGGAAAGCACUUGCUUACUGGGCUGCGCCUCUGCUUCCAAAGAUGUGGAGACCUUCCGGACAGAAAUUGAGGACUGCCAGAGCAAGAACCAGGAUCUGCUGCUCAGAAUGGACAGUAACAACGACCUCCUGCACAAGUUGAAUGCCACCAUCCUGGAGAUCCAGAGGCGGAUUGAGGAGGAGGCAACCGGCUCCCUGCAAGGCGAGAUCACCCUGCUCAAGAUCAACCUGAAUACCGUGAGCAAAUCCCUGACAGGGCUCAAGGACUCCGUCUCCCAGUACUCCAACACCGUGCUGCACGUCAACUCUUCACUGGACGAACAUGAGCGCAAGAUAGAGGACGAGGUGCACUCCAUUCAGGAGAAGGUCAGUGACCAAGGCUCGCAACUCAUCUUCAGUAACAAGCGUGUCCUGAACCUGAAAGGCGACCUGGAGAGACUCAAAGCCAGGAUCGUGAAUGAUCUAAGCAACUGCAAGAACGCCGCACACAACCUGCAGAAGGAGGUGGCCCAGUUCGACAGCCGCGUGGCCCAGGUGGAAAACAUGUGCGGUGGGCUUGGUGCCAUGACGGGGAGCCUGGACAUCAUCCGUGAUGAGCUGGAGAAGCACACAGGCAGCCUAUGGGGCUACAUGGACCAUAUGAACGGGACUUUGACCUCCCACUCUCAGGAAAUAACUGUACUGAAGGACAACUUGCUGGAUUGCCAGGCCAAAGUCACAGAGCUGGCAAAACAGGUCACCCACUUGGAAGGUGCUUCAGAGGGGAAGCAGCAUUAG